AUGUCCUCGAAGAAAAUGAAGAGAAAUCGUUCUGGAAACAAACUAAAGGAACACGAAGCCAAAUCGCAUUCUCAUUGGAAAUUAGUUCCACUUGAGGAACCAGAUGUCUCAAGGAUAUUGAAGGUAGCAGGAGCAAAUCAGCUUGAGGAGCUUGAUGAUUCAUUUGAUCACCCUUUGCACAGUACUGCUGUGGACGCUUGUGGAGAGGAGCAUUCACAGAACAAGUCACUUAGUCAUGUUUCAGCACGGCAAAGGAAAAACACAGAAAGGAGUAAAAAACCUCAUCACCCAAAAAAGUCUGAUGGUGAUGUUCAGAAAUGCGACACAGCUGAUCCUGAAGCUGAAGCCCUUAAGGAGAAUGUGAAGGCUCUGCAUACUACUCAGUUCCAGGCAAAAAAGAAGCGACCUUCAGAGGAGAGCACAUCAGGUAUUUCUGAGGAUAGCCCAUGUUCUGUACAGGUUUGGUGUCCCAAAGAGGUGAAGAGAUCUGUUAGAGAUGUUACAGAACUGGAUGUUGUUCUGACUGAAUUUGAGAAAGUAGCAGCAAAUUACAGACAACGCGUAGAAUCAAACAUUUGCAGAAAAGCUAUCAAUGGCUUCUGUUCUGCUUUCCGGGACCAAAUCACUGAUCUUAUAGUGGAAGUCCAGGAAUUACAGAACACGAAGAAAAAAAAUGCUAAGGUGAUAACAGACAUCAAAAAGAAAGGGCAGCAACUGUGGCAACUCAGAGAAAAGCUAAUUGGAGCUGAACCACAACUGACAAAACUACAAAGAGAGUAUGCUGAGUUACAGGAAAGGGAAUCUUCCUUGAGGCAAGCAACUGAAUUACUUACUGAUUUAAAGGAGCUACAGCAAGACUGUUUGGAUUAUAGACAAGAAAACCCAAAAGUAAAAGUGGUAUAUGGAACUUCCAGCCUCCCUGCUCUUCUGGUGGAGUCACGGAGAAUUCUAGGAGCAGAGAGACACUUUCAGAAUAUUAAUAGGAAACUGGAAGAGGCUCUGGCUGUACAAAGAGGGAAGUUACCAAAGAAACAUUAA